GACUAAAAAUCUCAGCAGCUCCCUCGCGGUGCUAUUUUACUUUCUCUACCUCCUCCAAUCGCCCCCGUCGACCACGGACAGUUUCUCUGUCUUUCUGUCUUCACUUCCAGCCGCCGCCGCCGCCGCCGCCGCCGCACGUUUUCUCCGUUGAACGCGUCCUCUUCUGACGGAACCCGCCGCCACGUUCCACUUUUGGAUUUGAGGUUGUGGGUAAGGAUUUGGUGGUUUUUGUGGGUUUUUCUUCGAUUAUCUUGAAUACCUACUAAAUUUUGGGGCUAGAUUUUAUUUAAUCCUAAAGAUUCAAGAUUUUAGAGUCCGGUGCUCUCCCAAGUUCAAAGCAUUUGGUGCGUUUUUGGUUGAGAUCUUUGUUUGGAGUUUGAAAGAAGCUUUGGAUCAAGCCACAUUUUGGACCCCUCCUCUAUCCACCAUCACCUGUAGAGCAGAGGAAGAAGAUGCAAAGAUGAACCCCUCGCCUGUUUGAAAUUAAGGGCAGCGUUUGACCAAAGAUGUCUCGAAGAUCGACUAGGUUAGUGGAAAAGGCGAGUGCAUCUAGAACUAACGGAUAUGUUGUAUCCGAGGGAGACCUUAAAGCUCAUAGAAGGAGUCGAACGUGGACAGAAAAUAAUGAGGUUAAGCUAAAUGAAGUUAUGUUUUCUCCAUCUUUUCAACAAUUAGAGGGAAAGAAGAGAAAGACAUACAAGAAGAGGUCAAUGGUCACAAGAGCAACUGCUUCAAAGAAUCCUAAUUCGGAGGAGGGGAUCAACAAAAGAGGGAGUGGGAGAUUAAGGAAGAGGGUGUAUUAUCAAAAAGUGGUUUUUGAUGGUGGUGAAUUUGAGGUUGGGGACGAUGUUUAUGUGAGGAGGAGAGAAGAUGCAAGCUCUGAUGAUGAAGAUCCCGAAGUUGAGGAGUGUAGAGUGUGCUUUAAAUCUGGAAACGCUGUAAUGAUCGAGUGUGAUGACUGUCUUGGUGGUUUUCAUUUGAAGUGUUUGAAGCCUCCAAUGAAGGUGAUCCCUGAGGGGGAUUGGAUUUGUGGGUUUUGUGAGGCUGCCAAAAUGGGCAAAGAGGUUCAAUUGCCAAAGCCUCCGGAGGGUAAAAAACGGGUUAGGACAAUGAGGGAAAAGCUUCUAGCAGGCGAUUUGUGGGCUGCUCACAUUGAAAGUAUAUGGAAAGAAGUAACGGGUAACCAUCAGUGUAAGGUUAGAUGGUAUAUAAUCCCAGAAGAGACUGCAGCUGGAAGGCAACCGCAUAACUUGAAGAGAGAGCUUUAUUUAACUAAUGAUUUUGCAGAUAUUGAGAUGGAAUCGCUUCUUAGACUGUGUGAAGUCAUGAAUCCGAAAGACUAUUAUAAAGCCAAGGAAGGGGAUGAUAUAUUUUUAUGUGAGUAUAAAUAUGACGUUCGUUGGCAUAGUUUCAAGAGGUUGGCUGAAAUUGAUAAAGAACAGGAUACUGAAGCAGUUGAUAGUGACACAGAGUGGAAGUUGGACCAGAAUGCAGACUCUGAUUCAGACGGUGAUGUGGAAUAUGAAGAAGAAAGAGCACAAAUUUUACUAUCUCGAAACUACUCAAGCUCAACCCAUGAAUUAGCUGCAAAUUCAAGGAAAGGACACUUUUGUGGACUACAAAAAAUAGGAGCUAAGAAGAUCCCAGAGCAUACAAGAUGUCGCAAACAGACUGAAUUGGAAAGAGCAAAGGCAACCCUCAUGUUGGCGUCACUACCCAAGUCCCUACCGUGUAGAAAUAAAGAAAUUGAGGAGAUAACUACAUUUAUUGAAAGUGCUUUAUGUGAUGAUCAAUGCUUGGGUCGAUGCUUGUACAUCUAUGGUGUUCCAGGAACAGGUAAGACAAUGAGUGUACUGUCGGUAAUGAGAAACUUGCGGGCUAAAGUUGAUGCAGGAAAUCUAAGGCCUCAUUGCUUUGUGGAGGUUAAUGGUCUAAAGCUGGCAGCACCAGAAAAUAUAUACAGGGUUAUACAUGAAGCAUUAACUGGGCAUAGGGUUCAUUGGAAAAAGGCGCUUCAGUUGUUGACCAAACGGUUUUCAGACGUAAAUAGUUGCAGGAAUGAUGAGCGGCCUUGCAUUCUGCUCAUUGAUGAACUUGAUCUUCUUGUAACAAGAAAUCAGUCAAUUCUAUACAACAUUCUCGAUUGGCCUACAAAGCCACAAGCAAAGUUGAUUGUGAUAGGAAUUGCAAAUACCAUGGACCUACCAGAGAAGUUGCUUCCUCGAAUUUCAAGCCGAAUGGGUAUUGAAAGGCUUUGUUUUGGCCCCUAUAACCAUCAGCAACUUCAAGAAAUCAUUUUGAGCCGGCUUGAAGGAAUCAAUGCAUUUGAGAAACAAGCCAUUGAAUUUGCAUCGAGAAAGGUGGCUGCUAUUUCAGGAGAUGCACGUCGUGCUUUGGAGAUAUGUCGGCGUGCAGCUGAAAUUAUGGAUUAUCACCUAAAGAAGCAUCUGAGUUUGAUUUCCAACACUGCGAAAACACAUGUUGGAAUAGCUGAGGUGGAAACAGCGAUUCAAGAAAUGUUUCAAGCACCUCAUAUUCAAGUGAUGAAGAGUUGUUCUAAGCAGAGCAAGAUCUUCUUGACAGCCAUGGUGCACGACUAUUAUAAGACGGGUUUGGGUGAAGCAACCUUUGAAAAGCUUGCCAUGACUUUCUCAAAUCUUUGUACAAGCAAUGGAGAAGAAUUUCCUGGAUAUGAUGCUCUCCUGAAAGUUGGCUGUAGGCUUGGUGAGUCCAGAAUUAUUUUAUGUGAAUCAGGGGCUAAACACCGGUUGCAAAAGUUACAGCUUAAUGUUCCAAGUGAUGACGUCUCAUUUGCACUGAAAGAUAGUAAGGAUAUACCUUGGUUGGCUAAGUAUCUUUGAGUCUAUUUUAGCUUCUAAUCUGUAAGAAUCAGUUUUGGUCUUAUAAUACAUCAGUUUCAAUUGCUCUUAAUUUGUUCUUAUGGGAAUCCUGCUUCUUAGAAGAGUUGAGGUUUUCCAUUGAAAAUUAUUUAGUUACCAACAAUGGUUUUUAAUGUAUACUAGCUUUGAGCAAUGUGCAACAUGAUUCCUGCUUUUUCAGAGCUCUUGUUCGGGAGCGUAGUCAA